AUGGACGAAACUCCAGUUAAUUUCAUUUUCCUUAACGGCAUGGUAUUGGCAAAUGUCGGCGCCGAAGUUACAGCGCAUUUACCAAACGAUUACAAGCAAAGCUUUUCUGCAAUCUGCACUAUUUCACUUGAUUGCAAAAUCUUUCCGCCAAUUUUCCUUGCCGAAGGAAAGACGGAGCGUUGCCAUCAACAAUUCACUGGAAUAAAUUCCAGAUACGACUAUCAUAUCAUGCAUUCUGGUGGAAAUACCAACAGAGAGUUCAUGAUUAAGUAUCUGGAAAAAGUGCAAGAAUGGGCUAAUAACGAACCUUGCGCUUUGAUUUUGGAUAGAUACAGAUCACAUAUAACUGAUCAAGUCCAAGCAAAAGCAGCCGAACUUAACAUCCAGCUGAUCUUUGUCCCGAAAUCAGGAACAGAUUUGUAUCAGAAAUUUGCAUCGUAG